CCGACCCCCAGUUUGAGAACCCCUGUUCUAAAUGGUACAGCAUGCUACAUGGUGUAGUAGAGUGCACCCAAAGAGAUAUUGCCACUGAUGAAUGCAUGUCCUUAUGACAGGUCCUAGAAUGUUACCUGGUUUGACUGAUAUAAAAGUUUUUUAAUUUACUCUCUCAAUUCUGGAUCACUAUUUUCCUUUGUCUAAACUGCAUACUGGCAACAGGGACUUAUUGUAUAAUAUGCAACACUUGCACUGUGAAGAGCAGUGAGCUCAACUGUCAGAUAAUGCAAGAAAAUGCUGCUGUCUGCUCCUUUCCAGAAGGCAGAAUCUGAUCUGGAUUACAUUCAACACAAAUUGGAGUUUGAAAUAAUGAAAAACCUUCCUGAUAAUCCAUCAGCAGAGGAAAAUCCAGUGACGCUCUUAGAGGAAUUCUCAGUGGUGAAGUCGCGUUAUAAAAUGUUAUGUACGCAGCUGGAAGAAAUUUCCAUAGAGCAAAGAGAGUCUAUGAGCUGUAUUCAUGCUGCUCUAGAAAACACUAUGAAGAUGGUGCAGGCACUACAGCGACAUGCUGAUCUUGAGCUUUCACCUCUGUCUGAAGAAGAACGGACUGCAGCACAACACUUAGCAUGUAAAACGGUUAAAGGAACAGAUCCACCAGUGGAAGAGCCACUUUGUUCAGUGUCUACAGUUCCUAUUCCAGACGGGGAACCACAGUUCAAACCAGUGACUAAGGAGAUGUUGAUGGCUGUACCAAAGAUUAUCAGAAGUACUGUUAAAUUAGUGGACCUGAACAGCUUUUACAGGGAACUAUUUAACUACUUUGUUCUAAAUAGGAACAGAGCAGCAUUGAGUGUUGCACAGAUGAACAAGAUGCAUAUGAAAGCCACCAGUUCCCGACUACAAAUCCUGAAAGAACUUUCCAUUGUAGAAAUUGACAAACAAGGAAAUGCUAAGUUAAUUGUGUAAAUUUAAGCCUACAUUAACUAAUCAUAUUUUGGUAAAAGGAAUUUGGGUGCAGCUCCUGGCGUAUUGGUAGGCAAAUAGUUCUCCGUUUAUAAAAAUGAUAUACAUUGUUAAAAUUUGUUGUUAAUGUGACUGUGUUAGGAUUCUCUUUGUAAUACCCAAUUGUGAAUUAAAAAGCGUAUAUCAA